AUGUCACAAAUUAACUCUCAACGUCCUCCUGCCGCCCCACUGCAUAACAACACAGAGUCCAACAACGGGCAGCCUUCGAACAACGGCAGCUCAUCAAAUGUCCCCCGCAACCCUUCACAGCCUAACCAAAACGCUCAGUCACCCCUCGAUUGGGCAAACUUUAUAAACUUCCAGACACCUCCCGUAGCUAAUGCUCACAGCGGGAAUAUGUUCAACAACCACAGGAUGCCUUCGCAAGAUGAGCAAUACAACAACUUUGCCCAUGGCAUAUCCAUGUCUCGACCCUCUCCAUCCUCCAUCAACUUCCAACAACCCCUCCCAAGAGGAUCAAACUCUUCAACAGCUUCCUCUCGACAGAACCCUCAUCGACAAUACAGUCAAAGUUCCAAUUCGUCACAGCCUCAACUCCCCACUUACCAUGUCCCCUCUCAAACACCACCGCAAGGUCCAUCGCCUCGAUCACCAGUGGAACAACCGAUGAAUAGCAAAGGCAAAUCACCAGCUACAAAAUCAUCCGAGACCCAAGAUAAUGGUCUCUCCCUCGACCCUUCAGCCUUCUCUCGUGACAUACGAUUCCAGGUUCCUUCGUUUUUAACCAAUCAGGUCGGUGGUGCACCCACCUUCCCGCCUGGUGGUGAAGCUUGGAGCGGGUUCAGCGGAGCCAACUUGUUUGGCUCGGAUAUAGGCCAGCUCACCCCUGGUACCAUCUUCUCCAAUGCCUUUGGUAUCUCGAACAACAAUAACUCUGAGAAUCAGCAACCCUAUUGCGAUAAUAAUGGGAAUAUGCAGAACAUGGGUGGUUAUGUCAACGAGAACGCCGGGUGGGAGCAGUGGAAUCACGAUCAGAAUAAGAACGAUACAAGUAACAAUAAUAACAACCUCGGCGCGAUGUUUUAUGUCAAUCCAAACCCCAGUCCCAGUAUCCUUGCUUCGCGUAACCCUCCCGCCCGUGACUCGUCUCAACGACCUCCACGAAAUCAGAUGCCUCCUUCCAUCAACACUAACCCUCCGCCGAAUAUGGACAACCAAGGUCAACUGCAAAGUCCACGCACAACCUAUCCACGCUCCUCAUCUUCUGGCUCGAUGCCAACUUCAGCCAUACUACCUCAACAACCCACCUUCUCUCACAGCCCUUUCGGCUCAUACGACAAUGUACCUUCCGCAUCUGCUCCUCACAACUCUGCCAGUACCAUCAACAUAGCCUCUUCAUCGACCGCACCUUAUGCUCCACCAUCGAACACCCAAUCACUUCUUGCUGGACCCAUGCCACCUCAGCUGACCGACGGUCCUGGCCUUUACUCCACCACGGGUUUCGACAUGGUAGGCGUUUUAGCUCGAGUGGCUGCGAGAAGAGACCCUAGCACCGUACUUGGUCCCGUAGACCUAAGUUGUAGUUUCUUGGUGGUGGAUAUCCGACGAUACGACUCUCCCAUUGUCUAUGCCUCUCCCAGCUUCAGCCAGCUGACUGGGUAUGAAUUGCCUCAGAUCCUGGGUCGAAAUUGUCGAUUUCUACAGGCUCCUGAUGGCGAAGUCGUCAAAGGUUCAAAGCGAAAGUACACCGACAAUACCGCUGUAGCCCAUCUCAAACGAAUGCUCAACGCUGGUAAAGAAUGUCAAGCAUCUCUCAUCAACUAUCGCCGAGGGGGUGUCCCUUUCAUCAAUUUGGUUACGGUGGUGCCAAUCCCCUGGGACGGCACGGAUAUCGUCUAUCACGUUGGGUUUCAAGUGGAUUUGGUCGAGCAGCCCAAUGCUAUCUUACGGAACAUGAGGGAUGGAAGUUAUCAGGUCAAUUAUACCGUUUCAAAUCCUCCCGAAAAGCCUUUAAGACCCCCUGUCAGAGAGAUAGGUCUCACUGGUCUUAGUGGCGAAGUGAUGGAAAUUAUGGGACAGAGGGUAAAUACUCUAAGUAGCGGUUCAGGAGAAGAAGCCGGUCGCAUGGAGUGGCUGAAGAUGGUACUCGAUAACACUGAUGACUUUGUCCACGCUCUCUCCCUCAAAGGAUUUUUCCAAUAUGUCUCGCCUUCAGUCCGACGGGUACUCGAAUACGAGCCCGAAGAGUUGCUCAACAAAAACAUUUCCGAAUUCGCUCAUCCCUCCGACAUCGUUCCGCUCAUGAGAGAACUCAAAGAUUCGACCCAUGCUCCGACUGACGGUUCUUCAGCUCGUCAUGUCAACCUCGUCUUCCGGAUCCGACGAAAGACAUCCGGCUAUAUAUGGAUAGAGAGCGUGGGCAGGCUUGUGGUCGAAGCAGGAAAAGGAAGAAAAGCAGUCAUAUUGAGUGGUCGUGCUCGAGCGGUACCCGCGUUACCGUGGGACUCGAUAUCAAAAUAUGGAGGUCUAGCAGAGACUGAAUUCUGGGGAAAGAUCUCCUUCCAAGGUCUUGUAUUACACGCUACUCACGGUGUCGAAGGUGUCCUUGGACAACCGUCCGAGGACGUCGUCGGGCUUAGCUUCUUCUCCCUUCUGCCCGGCGGGGAUAAUGGCCCACCUGCUGCUGCUUUACUUCAAUCUGAUCCUUCUGCCCCUGUAUCCUCCCUGUCCGCUGCCAUUCGACGCGUCCUCAAUGGUGAUACCCGAAACGGCGCCGUCUCUGUUCAGCACAAACUGGUUCACAAGUCCGGCAAUCAAGUCAACGUUCUCACGGUCAUCUAUGCUCCUCGUCGAUCGAUACCUGAUGUCCCAGUCGGCCGGGGUGACGACGAAACAAGCAGCAAUGCUGAGAGUGAAAUAUCACGUAUGUCAAGUCACGAUAUGGCCUCGAUCACUGGCAUACCUCCCACCAGUCUCGUCAUUCAGGUAAAAUUGAUGGUUUCCCCUAUUCCUGGAGCCACCAUACAAACCAUCACCCGUGCUCGACCAGUCGUCCACGCGCCUAUCUCCAAUUUGUUUGAAGAAUUAGAGACGACUCGUGGAACAUCAUGGCAGUACGAAUUGCAUCAGCUCCGACUGCUUAACAGACGACUCAAAGAAGACAUCGCUGCGGCUAAAGCGCGUGGUGCUGGAAAGGGAAAAAACAAGAAAAGAAAGUUUGAAUCAUCUGUUGGUGAUAUGGGCCCACCAGCACUUCCAUUUGCCAACUUGCAUGAUCAAUAUUCGGCUGCGCCUCGGCAUCAGCUGGCUCCAGGUUUCGGUCUGGUGACACCUGGUAUGGGAAAUGGUUUCUAUUAA